AAACUUGCCAACAGAGUUGUUGAACGCACAUAAAUAUAUUCUGCGCACGCUUAUAAAGACAGCAUUUCGCUCGGAGGUGGCUUGAUCGCACGUCGUUAGAUGUUUUAUAACGUGUAAAAGUAAUUUUUUAGCCUCGUUUCAUUAAUUUCAAUCAAACAUGUUAAUUAAAUUGGGUGUGAUAUUUGCAGUGUUGUAUGUUGGCACGUGCAACACGUCGCAUCACGAAUGGGAACUAGCUGUAGUGAUAAACGACCAAAUCGAAUUGUUAAAUUCAAACGGAACCGUGGUGGGGUCCAGAACACCGGAACAAUUUAGCAAAUUGAAAGCCUUAACAUUUGACAACGUACGACAUCAGUUCGUUGUCAGCGAUGUUGAUCCCUUCAACAACAACGACACAAUUUUUUCCGUCGAAUUGACCAACAAAACACAACCAACUGCCAUUGUCGAAGAUCUCACCGAUGAUGUUCUGGGCUUAGCCAUAGAUCCCAUAACUUACACGUUAUAUUGGACUGAUACAAAAAACAGGUCAAUAAACUAUGCGAAUCUAAAUAAUUCCAAUUAUGAGCACGAUAUACUUCUCAAAUUUCAAAAUGAAAAUCCUCACGGUAUCGCCAUCGAUAUAUGUAAACGUUACAUAUACUGGACAAACGCAAACUCGGACAAUCCCACCAUAGAACGGGCAAAAAUCGACGGAACAGAACGUGAAGUGCUGAUAAAGGACGACCUGUUCCAGCCCGUAGGUCUGGCCAUAGAUUACCACAGUCAACGUCUCUUUUGGGCCGAUAGGAGGGAAGGCAUCUACUACAGAAUCGAAAGUACAAAUUUACAAGGCAAAGAAAGAGAGGUGGUUUACGAAGGUACAUACGGAACCCCAUUUGGUAUCGCCGUGGAUAAAAACGCUAUUUAUUGGACGGACACGGACAACAAAGCCAUUUGGAAAAUCGCCAAGCUUAUAAAGAUUCCGGAGAAAUUUAUGGAAUUCAGCAACACACCCCAAGGAAUAAUCGCCAAGAACAUCGAAAUCUUCAAGGAGCCGGACUGCAGAAAUUUGGCAGAGGUGGAGAAGAGUUACAGCCAAGCACCGGAAGUCAUUGAAAAUUAUGAGGAACCAAUUCCGUCCGUUCCGACGUGCCUGAACGGUGGCCAACUCACAGAACAGGGAUGCAAGUGUAGCAGAGGCUUCACCGGCCAAAACUGCGAGAUAGCCUUGUGUCACAACUACUGUUUGCAUGGAACGUGCCACGUGUCGUUCAAGGGACACCUGGAAUGUCGGUGUCGUCCUGGAUAUCAGGGGCAAAGGUGUGAACGCGAUAUUUGCGAUGGGUAUUGCUUGAAUGGAGGAGAGUGUGAUCAUGAAACUGACACACCUAAAUGUAAUUGUUUGGAGGGAUAUAAAGGAGACAGAUGCGAGAUCGGAGUUCCGGACAGCGUUUGCGUGGAGUACUGUAAUAACAAGAGAGAUGGAGGCGCUACAUUAGAUAACCUAGAGUAUUCUUGCAGUUGUGGCUCAGUUGGUCAAAACAUAACGGCUGCGGGCCUCUUAGCCGACCCACCUUGCCAAGAGGAAGGUUUCAUUGCCAAGCUGGCGGACCCAUGGUUGAUGGUUAUGUUCAUAUGGACAAUAAUCUCCCCCUUCGUCUUCGUUAUUUUCGUUCUUUACAUGUUCUGCCGCUUCAACAAGACAAAACCGAGGAUUAAAAAGCGCAUUAUCGUCAACAAGAACGUCCAACCCCUCACUUAUCGCCCACAAGCUACUGAACAAUGUGAAAUUACAAUCGAAAACUGUUGCAACAUGAAUGUUUGCGAAACGCCUUGUUUUGAGCCAAGAAGUUUCCAGAAGGACGAUAAGAAAAAGUUGUUGUCUAACAUGGAGAACGGCGAUUACUAACAAAAACUAAAAAUAUCUAUCUAUAUUAGAUAGAGGCUGUGACUGAGUAUUAAGUAUUAAAUUGUUAAGUUUGAAUAUUUAUAUAAAGCAAGCUCCUAAGUACCUUAACAUGAAAAUGUGUUCAGGGUUAGUGUCCAACCAAAAAAAAAAUACACUGAACUAACACUGCGUGUGGGUAACAGUGUAACAGAGCAUCUAUUUUACUACCAAAUAAUUUGUUUUGGUGCAAUUAAAGACAGUCCUGGAUGUUUUAUUAUCAUUAACAAGGGACAUUCCAAAAACCAUGACUUAAGAUCCAAAAGAGAAUUGACAAAAUGAAAAAUAUUUCCAUUUUUCUUUCUAGAUUCAUCAGUUCCUAAAUAGCUAUAAAAAAAUGAACAAAUUUUUUUAAUUCUGUCAAUUCGUAUUUUCGAUCGAAUGUUCUCGUAAUCAUACCAUAAGCUUAUAGUUUGUUGAGGUAUUAAUUUAAAUCUUCCUUGUACACAUGAAAUGUGAAUUUGUGUAUCUUUUACCAAAAGAUCUGGUCAUUUUGUAAAUUCAUUAUGAUUCAUUAAUUUCCAUCAUAUCAAUUUUACCAAAAAAGACUUACUUAUAUUUUAUUUAUAUUUAUGGCAUAGGGAACUUACAAAGUAGUCACAAACUGUUCUACUACUUAAGCAAUCAUGUUUUAAUAAAAUUAUUAUUUGAACUUAAAUCAUGUGAUAGUUUUGGUUAGAUAAAAACUAUAUGUCUGAUUUUAAUUUAAUUUUUUGUUUUAAUUGAAAUGUCUGUAAUUAUUUACUUUUGUAGUAAGGUUGUGAAGUUUAGGCCAAAAAUUAGAAAUAUUUAUACUGUGCCUAUCAUGUAAAUAAGAAUACAUUGCGGACUCCAAAUUUAAAAUCAUAAAUUCAUUUUGUACAUUGACUUAUAUAAAUUAUAUUUAGUAAGUACUAUGUGGUUUUAAUAUCCACAUCAGAAAUGUGAUAUUAUAAUCUAAGUACCUUUUUAAAUUAUGUAAAAUAAUUUUGUACAAAUAAAAUAUACAAAAUUCAA